CUGUGUCUCUGUCUCUGUCUCUGUGUCUGUUGUUAAUAAAGUUUAUUGACGAUAAAGAAGUUCCCGGAAGUGACGCGCUCGGAGCAUGUGACAGGCAAGCAGGAUGCAGGAGGUGGAUGAAUUGGAGACAGAGUGCCCUGAUGCAUCACCUACAGGUUCUUAUGAAACAAAGUCUACAGAUGGAAAUGUUUCAGUUCAAACCGAAAAUCAGGAGAAGGUCCUAUCCCAACAAAGUCCCGGAGAAGAGAAAGCUAGACGUCGACGAAAGCCUACUAAGACCCACAAAAAUCCAUCAAGGAGCUCGCCUGAGAGACUUUCUAUUAAUUUUAGAACUGUGUCACUUUUACCUUCGGAGAUGACCUCACCCGUUGUGCGCAGGAGUCUAACACUCUCAGAUACCUACUCCUCAGUGUCAGAAUGUGCUGAAAGUGAAGAAAAGGCAGGAUCCUCUGAUGGCCAGUCUUGUAGUCCACCGAGUACAUUUACUACAAUAUAUUCUCAGAGUGGUCUCUCUCUAUCACCUGAGUUAAGACAAACCGACACUAAGGAGCAACAUGGAAUACAGAAUUACUACUCGAAUAUGUCGGUCACCUCAAAGAAAGGAACGGCUGUAAAAGAGAAGCCAUUCUUGUGCACAUUAUGUGGGAAAAGGUUCAGCCAAAAGUCAUUGCUCAUUCAGCACCAUCGCAACCACACAGGAGAAAGACCAUUUCCCUGCAUUGAAUGUGGCAAGAGUUUUACCUCCUGCUCUUUGCUGAUCCGACAUCACAAGAUACAUACAGGUGAAAAGCCAUUUGCUUGCCCAGACUGCGGGAAACGUUUCAGUGAGAGUUCGCAGCUUGUCAGACACCAGAGAACGCACACCGGUGAGAGGCCCUACACGUGCAUAGAGUGCGGCAAGAGCUUCAGCGAGAGCUCCAAGCUUGUCAUACAUCAGAGAACACACACAGGAGAACGUCCUUACACGUGUAGUGAUUGCGGAAAGAGCUUUAGUGUGCGCUCACACCUCAUCACUCACAAGCGAACUCACACCGGGGAGCGGCCGUACACCUGCAAUGAUUGUGGCAAGGGCUUCAGCGAGAGUUCCAAACUGGUCAUGCAUCAGAGAAUACACACAGGAGAAAAGCCGUACACCUGUACGGCAUGUGGCAAGAGUUUCAGCCAGAGGUCUGUGUUGGUCACACACCAGAGGAUACACACAGGAGAAAAGCCUUAUUCCUGCCCCGAAUGUGGGAAAUGCUUCAUUGACAAGGUGGGCUGUGACAGACACCGCGUGACUCAUAGCGAUGAAAAGCCCUUUCAGUGUAUGAUCUGUGGCAAGAACUUCAGCCGGAACUCUGACUUCAAUAAGCACCAGAGAACUCACACUGGUGAGAAGCCCUAUUCUUGUAUGGAGUGUGGGAAAAACUUUAGCUGGAGUUACCAGCUCGUCCGACACCAGAGAGUACAUACUGGGGAGAAACCCUACACCUGUAUCGAGUGUGGACGGAGUUUUUGUUGGAGCUACCAACUAGUCACUCAUCAAAGGUCGCACACCGUGGAAGGAUCCUGUAUGUAGUUCUUCCAAUCUUCUUUCCAUUACUUUGGAUGGAGUCCAGCUUCUUGUGAAAUGGCUUAUUUUGAGAAACAUUGUACAAUUUCCUUAAACUCCAUACUGUACACAGCUUUGACUAUGUCUAUCUUCCAUUGUCAAGCUUUUAUUAAUAUUUAUCAUUGUUUGCCAGGUCUAAGUCCACUCCUCCAGCAUGGCAAUUGUCCAACAUGGGCACAUCCACUUGACUUGACUUAACUUGUGGAACAAAGGAUAGUCCAUGUUGUCCAAUAUAAACUCUAGUGGACUACAUGAAAACAUACACCUAGCAUGGAACCUUUCUCAACUCUUACUGAAUCUGCUGAGGGGCAGCAGGCUGGUACAGUCAAUAAAAUAUUCAUUUAGAUUUUAAAAGGUAGCAAGCCUGAUAGGGACUUUACAGCAGAUAUAUAAAGGACCAAUUUAGGGACCAACCAAUUUGUAAGCCUAAUUUUGUGUUGCAAAUCGCACACGGUUUAAUGACUGGUUGGCUGCCCCUUCACCCUGCCCUGUCACCCUGUGACACAUUGUGAAAUGGAAGGCAUGUAUUAUUUUAAUGAAAUGACUAUGGAGACUGGCUCACACCUGGUAUCCUGCUGGAAAUGUAAUAUUUGUGUGUAGCUAUAGAAUGCAUAACUCUUUGCCAGUAGUAACUUACAUGUGCACGCAGGUGAGUGAUCAGAGUUGUCCUUGCAGGCCCAAGUUGUUGGUCUGCACUACACGUGUUCUUUACUAAACACUAAAUGGCCAGUUUUUAUCUUUUAAUAAUAUUAAGUCUCUUUAUUAAAAUGUAUUCUUACUUAUUAGCCUGAUCCCUUCGCAGUUUGUGGUUUCUUUUUUUUUUGAUUGGGAGUGGAGGAGAAAUAGAAUGAAUUUGUGAUGUUGUGGCUUUAAAGUGAACUGAAGAACAUGUUCUGUCUAUUGUCUCUGCUGCAUAAUAAUGGGUGAGGUCAGGUUUGGGAUUUAUUUAUUUCCUUUUUAAUGGACUUUCAGCUGUUGAAGAAAAUAUUUUUAUUAUUUUCAUCCCUGCUCAUCUGAUUCAGUAAAUAGAAGCCAGCUGGGUCAUGUGUGUCUUUACAAUGAAUAGAUUUUCAUCUGCAUUGUGUCAACAUGUUCUGUGGAACUGCGUAAAUCCAAUACAAUACAUGUAAUCAUAAUAAAACAUGUCGGCCAAACACAAA